AUGUCCAACAGCAGCUCCUUCAGCGAGUUCCUUCUCCGGGCAUUUGCGGACAGAUGGGAGGUGCAGCUCUUGCACUUUUUGCUCUUCCUUGGUGUCUACCUGGCUGCCCUCGUGGGCAAUGGUCUCAUCAUCACAGCCAUAGCCUGUGACCACCACCUCCACACCUCCAUGUACUUCUUCCUCCUCAGUCUCUCUGUUCUGGACCUAGGCACCAUCUCCACCACUGUCCCCAAAUCCAUGGCCAAUUCUCUGUGGGACACCAGGGCCAUUUCCUACUCGGGAUGUGCUGCCCAGGUCCUCCUGGUUGUGUUCUUGUUCACAUUAGAGUAUAUUCUUCUUACUGUCAUGGACUAUGACUGCUUUGUUGCCAUCUGCAGACCCCUGCACUAUGGGACCCUCAUGGGCAGCAGAGCUUGUGCCAAAAUGGCAGCAGCUGCCUGGAGCACUGUUUUUCUCUAUGCUCUCCUGCACACUGCUAACACAUUUUCAAUACCACUCUGCCAAGGCAAUGCCCUGGGCCAGUUCUUCUGUGAAAUCCCCCAGAUCCUCAAGCUCUCCUGCUCAGAUGCCUACCUCAGGGAAGUCAGGCUUCUUGUGGUUAGUGGCUGUUUAGCCUUUGUGUGUUUUGUUUUCAUUGUGCUGUCCUACGUGCAGAUUUUCAUAGUCGUGCUGAGGGUCCCCUCCGAGCAGGGUCGGCACAAAGCCUUUUCCAUGUGCCUCCUGCACCUGGCCAUGGUCUCCUUGUUCAUCAGCACUUGCAUGUUUACCUAUCUGAAGCCCCCCUCCAUCUUCUCCCCAGCUGUGGAUCUGAUGGUGACUGUUCUGUAUUCAAUGGUGCCUCCAACAGUGAACCCGCUCAUCUAUAGCAUGAGGAACAAGGAGCUCAAGGAUGCACUGAGGAAAAUGAUUCAGCUGGUACAAUGUCAGCACCAAUAA